AUGGCUAUGCAACUCGACAUGUCGAAUGCACAGGUGAUGAAGGAUGAAUCUGGGCGUCCUUUCAUCAUAGUGCGAGAUCAAGGAAAGAGAAAAAGAACACAUGGAAUCGACGCCGUCAAGUCCCACAUCGUUGCCGCGAGAACAGUUGCCAACAUCGUCAAAACCUCUCUCGGGCCGCGUGGCCUCGACAAAAUCCUCAUAUCUCCCGAUGGUGACAUUACAGUGACGAACGACGGAGCUACUAUCCUAGGCCAAAUGGAGAUAUCAAAUCAUGUGGCCAAGUUGCUGGUAGAGCUCUCCAAGUCACAGGAUGAAGAGAUAGGGGACGGAACAACCGGAGUCGUGGUGCUGGCCUCUGCACUAUUGGAGCAAGCUGCCGAUCUGAUAGACAAGGGCAUACAUCCGAUACGAAUAGCUGACGGCUAUGAUGAAGCUUGUGAGGUUGCUGUGGCACAUCUGGACAGCAUCAGUGAUACAAUACCAUUUUCAAAGGAUAGACAAGAAAAUCUGGUUAAAGUGGCUAAAACAAGUCUGGGCAGCAAGAUAGUCAGCAAGGCGCAUGAUCAGUUCGCACAAAUUGCAGUGGACGCGGUCAUGUCUGUUGCAGAUCUGGAGAGGAAAGACGUCGACUUUGAAUUGAUCAAGGUAGAUGGAAAGGUUGGUGGUUCGUUAGAGGACACCUUACUUGUGAAAGGCGUGAUUGUGGACAAGGACUUCUCCCAUCCCCAAAUGCCAGAUCAAGUCAAAGAGGCCAAGCUGGCCAUUCUAACAUGUGCUUUCGAACCUCCAAAACCAAAGACGAAGCAUAAGCUCGAUAUCACUUCUGUGGAGGAAUUCAAGAAACUACAGCAGUAUGAGAAGCACAAGUUCACAGAGAUGAUUCAGCAAAUCAAAGACACUGGAGCCAAUCUUGUUAUCUGCCAGUGGGGUUUUGAUGACGAGGCCAACCAUCUGCUCCUCCAGAACAAGCUUCCAGCCGUACGAUGGGUGGGAGGACCAGAGAUUGAAUUGAUCGCAAUUGCAACCAAUGGCAGGAUUGUGCCUAGAUUUGAAGACUUGAGCGCAGAAAAACUCGGAAAGGCCGGCAUUGUCCGUGAGAUGAGCUUUGGGACGACCAGAGAGAAAAUGCUUGUUAUUGAGGACUGUGCCAACACCAGAGCCGUGACUGUCUUCGUGAGAGGAAGUAAUAAGAUGAUCAUCGAUGAGGCUAAGCGAUCACUACAUGAUGCUCUGUGCGUUGUGCGUAACCUGGUCAAAGACAACAGGAUCGUGUAUGGCGGAGGUGCAGCAGAGAUCUCAUGUUCGCUUGCCGUCGAAGAUGCCGCUGUCAAGAGCCCCGGUCUGGAGCAGUAUGCCAUGCGUGCAUUCGCAGAAGCACUCGACUCCGUGCCGAUGGCAUUGGCCGAGAACUCAGGUCUAAGUCCUAUAGAGACAUUAGCAUCUAUCAAGUCGAGGCAAGUGAAGGAGGAGAACUCAAGACUGGGUGUCGACUGCAUGCAGACAGGAAGUAACGAUAUGCGACAGCACUUUGUCAUUGAUCCGCUCAUUGGCAAGCGACAACAGCUGCUCCUAGCGACCCAGCUCUGCCGCAUGGUUUUAAAGGUCAACAAUGUCAUCAUUGCUGGAAGUGACGAAAACGAGUUCUAG